UAGAUAGGCAGCUCGCUGUGUUUUGAGACGCGGCCGUGGUGUCUCUUGGCAGCGGCAGAGGCUUUUGGGGACUUACCGGAAACCAACGUUUUUUUUUUCAAGCCUCAAACUUUGUAACUGCAGAAAGUCGAAAGAGGAAAAGAGCAGCAGAGUCCCGUUACAUUUCAGCCUCAUACACAGUUCCUUGUUUUUCAGCGUCAUGUUGGAUGUGAGAAAGUUGAGACGAAGACAGAUCAACAGUUUUAACCCCAAAUAAAGUCCUGCGUCGAGCGUUUUCUUUUGCGCACAACGGGAGCUUUGUUUUUAUAUCAUGGAAGAUGGUGUGAAAGAGGAGCCAGCCAAGCCCAAAGAGGUGACGAGUGCUGGGAAGGCCGGCUGGUUGAAGAAGUCUUCAGGGAAGUUCUUGAGCAGCUACAAGGACCGAUACGUUCAGCUGGAACGAACAGUGAUUGCGGUCUAUGAGAAUGAGGAAUUGACAACAUGCCUGGAGAAACUGGACUUGGACAACUACCACACUUGCCACGAGUUAAAGAGUCCUUUCAAGAAGAAACACAGACUGGUACUAAUACGAAGCCCCAAGUGUGGUAACAAGGUCCAAGAUGUCAAACUUCAGGCACAAACUCCUGAAGAGAAAGAGGCCUGGAUCAAGGCACUCAGUGAAGGAAUCAAUAAGGCAAAGAACAACAUUUUUGAUGAGGUAAAAGUUGAUGAAAGCUGCUCUUUAGAACAUGUUACACGGAACCGACCGAAGGGGAACCGUGGAAGAAGGCCGCCAACAAGGAUACACAUGAAGGAGGCUGCAAAUGUUUCAAGUGAUGGAAUAUUAAGACUGGACCUUGAUGGUGAAGUUACCAUGCCGAAUGGAACACAUGGCUUGAACACAGAAGGGGAUAAACAAACCGAAACUUCUAAACCAUCUGUGGCGGUGAACAACAUUCCAGAGGAGGACGUCGAUGAAGAGUCCACACCCCAAAAGAAAGUUAUAAAGCCGCCCAUGCCACCAUCAAAAGACAACAAACCCAGCGAAACUCAUAAAGAGUAUGAGCCCAAAAUUGAGGAACCUGCAGCUCAAAAGACGAUGCCACCGAUGCCUCCAUCAAAAGAGUCUAAGCCUUGCGUCUCUGUUGAUGGAGCUGCUGUUGAGAAGAAUGUCUCAGAUAAUAAAGUGGAGGUUGAAGCAGAAAGCACUGACUCUUCCGAACCAACCCCUUCCACCAAGAGUGUCCAGCCCCCUACUCCUCCUUCCAAAAAUUUGAAGCCUACCCAACCGGUAGCACCAGCCACAGUCACAAUAGAGGAAAAAGAAAAGAAUAAGGAGGCUGAUGGUGAAGGUACCAAGGUAGAUGGAGCUUCAAAUGAGAAAGAAGACCUGGAUAAGUUAGAAGAAGUAGAGACUAUUGUUAUGUCCACAAAGGUCAUGAAACCACAAGUAGUGAUGUGGGAUUCACCCAUUAUACCAUCAAAAGAACCUAGCGCUGAACAAGAAGUGCAAAACUCAAAGAAAUCCUCUGAUACCACUGGAGAAGUUGCAACCUCACUAGAACCUUCUCAACUUAAUCUUACUCCACUUUCAACUCCUGAAUUUAUAAAAAAGAGCCCCAGGCCCCCUGCUCCACCCAAGAAGAAGCCAUUUAAGGCAACUGCCAAGAAAGAGGACACUCCCACACAAAGUGACACAAUGGUCAUUACCCACUCCACCACUUCGUCUUCAGAAACAGUUGACAUUAAAUUGACGACUCCCGAACCCAAAACUGAGUCAGCUGGUGAUGUGUCAAGUGAAGAUUUGGAGGAGAAGUCUUUAGACAGUGGCCAGCACUCAGGAGAGGAGUCUGAGACUGGCGACCAAGUUACGCCAUCCUCCACAAAGCUCAAAGGAAGCUCCCAGGGACUAGAUUUGGAGACCAGCGAGGAUGAUCUAGAACCAUCCGACAGCAAAGCUGAGAGUUUUGAGGAGCCAUCACUAGAAACCCCGUCCACCACCUCAAAGACCUCAGUUCUCAAUGCACAACCAACCCCAAGCCAAUGUGCCAACAUGUCCCUGCACCUCACCAUGCCUCUCAAGCUCUCUUCCAAGUCCCGCUCCGCAUCCCUAGACAACCUCCUUGUGGAGAAUGCAGAGAAGAUGGAAAGCAAUGGAAGAAAGAUAACAAUUAAACCAGAUGGAAGUGAUGUAAAGGACUUGCAAAGCAAAGUGUCUUCUGAGAUCAAAGAGACUGGAGAGCUGCUGAACACAAUCGCGACUGCACAGAGUGGUGAGACGGAAAUGAAGGAGGACGCGAGUGCGGAGAUCUUGCUCUCUGCAGCAAUGGAGAAGCUCAGGAAAGCUGACCAGUUCUUGAAGGAAGCCACAAAUCUUAAAGAUCUUAACAAAAGAAACAGAUUAAGUUUGUAAUGGUAAGUGUUGGUGGAAGGAACCUGUAGGGAUGAUCUACAGUAUGCUGAAAAUGCAGUUUCACAGUAUGCAAAUGAUCAAAUGCAAUUCCUAUCCCCAACCAUUUUCAAAUCUUUGAGCAAAUUUUUAAAGGGUUAGUUCACCCACAAAUGAAAAUUAGACUGUUUUACUCACCCCCGAGGCAUC